AUGCAGAUGAGCUUCAGAGACGAAUCAAAAUGGCCACUGGAGCUAUUCAACGAUGGUGUCGAUUCGCAAGAUUUGAGGAGAGAGUGGGAAGAGUGGCACCGGUCAUUCGAGCUGCUUUUAGAAUUACGGGAGGUGGAAGGACAACGCGAUAAGUUCGUGUUGCUCAUGACUAUUGGUGGUCGUGGAUCGCAACGUUUUUAUUACAAUCUUGGUCCUUCCCCGGAGGAAAUUCAUCCGCUACCAGCGGCGCGAUGCGAGUUCAAGGACAGGGAAGAGAAAGAAAUUCUUCAUCAAGUCACUAUGGGGGCGCGUGACGAGCGUGUGCAAGACAAAGGACUGGAGGAUGUGAUGAACCUGGACGAAAUUAUUAGUUACGCGGUCAAUCGCGAGAUUCUCAUCAGACAGAAGGAAAAAUCAAAGACUUUUAGAGAUGAAUUACCUUCCGGUUCUGUGGCAACUGUAAAACAGGAAUGGGCAUCGCGUUCUCGGAUGAAGAGUGGUACGAAAUAUUCUGAAUUUAACAGAGAAAACCAGCGAGAACGUUACCAAGCGGAGUGUGGUCGAUGCGGCUCAUACAGGCACUCUUCGAACUCAUCUAUUUGCCCGGCUCAAAAAGCCCGGUGUAAUCAGUGUCGCCGAAUUGGGCACUUCGUCCGGAAGUGUCGUGAUUCAAACCAAAGCAGACCUAAAAAGGGCAUCACUUGGGAGCGAACAACUGAUGAAGCAAACUCGUUGCGGGAUGAUAGUGGCUGGAUUGAAGAGCUUCCCCGUCGUCCUAAAUCGGAGGAUAUAUCCAAGAGAUACCAAGUUCCCUAUAAUGAUGGCAUCAUAACGUGUUUGGUUGGCAGUUGCCUGGUGGAUUUUUUGGUUCACUCCGGCUCAUCAAUCAACACGGUGACUACCGAUGUUUGGGCGCAACUACAGAACAGCAAAACGAAGCUUUCCAAACUGAAAGCUCCUCUUGAUCGUCGGUUCACUGCGUAUGCUUGUAACGAGUCGCUCAAGGUGUUGAUUGUUUUUGAGAGCUGGAUCUCGGUUAAUCCAUCGAAACCAAAUAGUUACGCAGAGUUCUUCGUUAUUGAAGGUGCAAAUAGAUGCUUGUUGAGUAAGCGAACGGCGGAGGACCUCAAAGUAUUAAAGGUGGGACUAGAUGUACAAAGUGUCGACACUGAAAGAACUUCUUUUCCCAAAUUUCCGGAUGUGCUGGUCAAAUUAUCCAUCGACAAGAACAUCUCUCCGAGAAAGAUUUCUUACCUCCGUGUACCUGAACCUAUGGCCAAGAAGGUUAACGAAAAGAUGGAUGAAAUGUUGCGGUUAGAUAUCAUUGAACCGGUCGACGGAGUUCCUGAAUGGAUUUCGCCGAUGAUUUGUGUACCAAAGGGAAAAGAUGAUGUGCGAUUGUGCAUCAACAUGAAGUUUCCAAACAAAGCCAUCCAACACGAGCAUUUUCCUUUACCGGUGAUUGAAACGUUGCUCAAUAAGUUGGAGGGAUCCAAAUAUUUUUCUCGCUUGGAUAUUACUUCGGCCUACCAUCAUGUGGAGCUUCAUCCAGAUUCCCGCAGCGUAACCACUUCCAUGACGAGUCAAGGAUUGAUGCGCUUCAAAAGACUUAUGUUUGGCAUCAACUGCGCGCCUGAAAUUUUUCAGCGAAUUAUGACUCAAAUGCUCGCAGGGAUUGAGGGAAUCAUUAUUUACAUCGAUGAUGUGAUCAUAUCCGGGCGAACGCUUGGAGAACAUGAUGCUCGGUUGGAAGAAGUGUUAUCGGUUUUGAAACGAAAUAAUGCUCUGUUGAAUAAAAACAAGUGUGUCUACCGCGUGAAGGAUAUCGAGGUUUUCGGUUUUAAAGUGAGUGAAGCUGGAAUCAGUCCGUCGGCGGAGAAAACAUCGGCAAUCAAGAAUUUCCGUGUUCCGCAAUCCACAGAGGAAGUCAGGAGUUUCCUUGGACUCGUCAAUUUCGUUGGACACUUCAUUCCUCAUUUGUCGACUAGGACAGAACCAUUGCGCCAGUUUGUUCGAGGAGCCGUUAACUCGUUCGGACAAGAUCAGUUGACAGCCUUCAACGACUUGAGAAACGAGCUGUCUAAAAAUGUAAGAACGCUAGGAUUUUACGAUCCAGAUGACAUCACGGAGCUGUAUGCUGAUGCCUCCCCUGUAGGACUGGGUGCAGUCCUUGUACAAAGGGAUUCCGGAAGUACACCUAGAGUGAUCAGCUUUGCGUCGAAAGGUUUGUCUGAUGCCGAGCGUAUCUAUCCCCAAACGCAACGUGAAGCUUUGGCUGUUGUGUGGGCGGUAGAAAAGUUUUACCUCUACCUAUUUGGGCUGAAGUUUACCAUAUUCUCUGACCACAAGGCUCUCGAGUACAUUUUUGGUGGAAAGUAUAGAGACGGCCGACGAGCAUGCUCGAGAGCAGAAGCCUGGGCAUUGCGCUUGCAGCCCUAUAACUUUGUGGUGAAAUACGUUCCGGGGUCAUCUAAUAUAUCCGACAUCCUGUCUCGACUUUGUCCUCAGAGUGAACCAUCGUUUGACGAUGAAUCUGAGCAUUUUUUAUUUGCAAUUGGACAGGAUCCGAUAGCAAUCACUUUGGAAGAAAUCAGGACCGAAACCUGUCAUGAUGAAAUUCUGUCGGCAGUCAUCACAGCUCUCGAAACCCAUGAUUGGCCCAAGGAACUUUUCCGUUAUCAGGCAUUUGCUGAUGAAUUGGGGAUCAUCGAUAAAGUUGUUGUUCGGAAUGACAGAAUUGUACUUCCUCAAAAACUGCGGUCUAGAGCAUUAGACAUAGCACAUCGUGGUCAUCCGGGUAUUGUCGCCAUGCGUCGAAAUCUUCGAGAAAGAGUAUGGUGGCCUUGUAUGGACCGUGAUGUAACCGAAAAGGUUCAAGAGUGUCUGGGUUGCACAGCUGUUAGUAAUCAGUUUCCGCCAGAGCCGAUGCAUAGGAAGAGAAUGCCGGAGAGAGCGUGGCAGAUCUUGCCAUUGACUUCUUCUCGGCGAAGGAUUGCGCGACGUUCCUUGUGUUGGUGGACUAUUAUAGUCGGUAUUUAA